GUCGGCCUCGCAAGGCCCAUCUCGGGCACCAGGACCAUCAGAGGACACUUCGCGAGAGGAGGAGGAGGGAGCACGAGGAGGAGCAGAGGAGGCGGAAUAGCAGAAGGAGGAUGGAGGAGAGGGGGAGAGGCAAAUUGACCGUGACGCGCGAUAAAUUGUCCCUGCGCGACAGCAGUAUGACAAUGUUCAGGUUGCGCGCGGCCUCCAGGAUCAGCAAUAAUACGAACAGUGGUGCUGCUGACCCAGGGUGCACCCAGGAUUUCCAGAGAGCCCCCGCGGUUUCCAGAGCAACCCUCACGAGGCCCACAGGGCCCUGAGGGCUCCAAGAUGGCGCGAAAAGAAGGGACACACCUUGGGUCAGGGACACCGUGGGCAACAUUCAAACCCUUCAACGGCCUGAAUUCAAACGGUCCGUUGGCCGGAGCGCUCAGCGUGCAGCCUCAUCGGCCUGGUUUCCACCAUGCCUCAUGGGCCUCGGACGCGGUGGCGGCCGGCGCGCCCAGACGCCUCUGCGCGGCGGGGCUGCCUGGUAAUUGCGCGCGCCAGCCCUCCGGCGGUGGCGUCAUGGCGGCGAGGAGGGCCCUCGGAUCUGGGCCCCCCAGGAACGGCUCUCUGCACAGGCCCCGGCUCGCUGCUCGCUCAUGUGUCUCCUGGGGCCGGGCCAGGAGCCUCUGGCCCAGGAGCCCGCGAGCCACGGGCGGCCCACGCAGCGGGAGCGCUCGGGGAGGGAAGCCGUCGGCUCGGAAAAUAUGCGCGCCGAGAGGAAACGCGCAUGAGCCGUUCGCCUGCUGAGUGUGCUGUAUCACUCCAGCGAGCGCAACGCUGCAACGCUGGCGGCCACGGGCUGCCACCGGGCGUGCAGGAAUUACACCUCAGCGCCUCAGCGGCCGGGCAGCGCGGCGAGCGCGCCCUCCUCUAGCAUCCCGCGCCACAGCAGUGGCACGAACGCGGGUCGCAGCUCCUCCUGAAAGAUGCUCGGCAGAGUGGGUACGUCGUGCUGGAGGUCCUCACAGAGUCCCGCGAGGGCGUGCAGUCCAC